AACUAGGUUAGUGGUCCGACAGUCCUGACGGUGGCGAGAAACUGGGUCACCGAUUGAAAACCGUUUAUGUCACAGCUCUGUGUGUUGCUCUUACAUAUGACCAGCGGCUUUCAAUGGGCAGACGGAUUCUAUAGCGUAUUUCUAAGUGGGCGGGUCACACCAGCUGCAUAAAGAUCACAUCAAACUGUGGCAGGCCACAUGAAAGUGGACGAAACUAGGUCAGGCUGAAUCAAACCAGACUCGGACCAGGACUGAGCUGACCAGACUGAUUCAGACGAAACCAGGCACGUCCAAGGGUCCUGUUCCAGUUUCUUAUCCAGGUGAGGGCUCCAGAGUGGAUGGAAGGAGAUGAUUUUAACACACAGGCUGUGAUGAACAUCUGUGAUGACCUGAUGGCAGACCAACGGAUGGACAUCUCGUCUACAAUGACUGAGUUCAUGCCCCCCAGAUCCACUGACCUCAUCUCCAGCUCUAUCGGCACCCCUGGCAUGGACUACACCCGCAAACGGAAGGGCAGCAGCACCGACUACCAAAUUGAUGGCUUCUCGUUCGAUGACCAACAAGGCAGAAAAAAUGCCAGAGAGGCUCACAGCCAGAUCGAGAAGCGUCGCAGGGACAAGAUGAACAGUUUCAUCGAUGAGCUGGCGUCGCUGGUGCCCACCUGUAACGCCAUGUCCCGGAAGCUGGAUAAGCUGACGGUCCUGCGAAUGGCGGUCCAGCACAUGAAGACGCUCAGAGGUGCAGCAAACCCGUACACCGAGGCCAACUACAAGCCUUCCUUCCUCUCAGAUGAUGAACUGAAGCAUUUGAUAUUAAGGGCUGCUGAUGGUUUCCUGUUUGUGGUUGGGUGCGACCGUGGAAAAAUUCUUUUUGUUUCAGAAUCUGUUUACAAGAUUCUCAACUACAGCCAGCUGGUCUUCCUGUGAAGACGGACAUCACUCCCGGUCCAUCUCGGCUCUGCUCUGGCGCCAGACGGUCGUUUUUCUGCAGAAUGAAGUGCAACAGACCCUCUGUUAAAGUAGAAGAUAAAGAUUUCCCCUCUACCUGUUCUAAGAAAAAAGCAGACAGGAAGAGCUUCUGCACCAUACACAGCACAGGUUACCUAAAGAGCUGGCCGCCCACCAAGAUGGGUCUCGACGAAGACAACGAGCCGGACAACGAGGGCUGCAACCUGAGCUGUCUGGUGGCCAUCGGCCGCCUGCACUCCCACAUCGUCCCCCAGCCCAGCCUGGCAGACAUCAGGGUGAAGCCCACUGAGUACGUCUCCCGGCACGCCAUCGACGGCAAGUUUGUCUUCGUCGACCAGAGAGCUACAGCUAUCCUAGCGUACCUGCCCCAGGAGCUGCUGGGAACUUCCUUCUACGAGUAUUUCCACCAGGACGACAUCAGCCACCUGGCAGAGUGUCACAGACAAGUUCUGCAGAUGAGAGAAAAGAUCAACACCAACUGUUACAAAUUCAAAAUCAAAGACGGUUCUUUCAUUACGUUGAGGAGCAGAUGGUUCAGCUUUAUGAACCCUUGGACCAAGGAGGUGGAGUACAUCGUCUCUACUAACACUGUGGUGUCGUGUCCCAUCAUGGAAGGAUCAGAUUACCCUCAGUCGGCCAUGUCUCCACAGAGCAUGGACAGUGUUCUGACCUCRGAGGGUGGGGGGAGGCGGGCGCUGCAGACCGUGCCUGGCAUUCCCGGUGGCACCAGAGCAGGAGCCGGGAAGAUCGGACGCAUGAUAGCAGAGGAAGUGAUGGAGAUCCAGAGGAUUCGAGGCUCCUCCCCCUCCAGCUGUGGCUCAAGCCCUCUGAAUAUUACCAGCACCCCUCCACCUGACACCUGCUCUCCAGGGGCCAAGAAAAUCCAGAACGGGGGGACACCUGAGCUGCCGAGCACGGGGCUCAUGACCGGACCGGACUCUGUAGGCUACCCUUACUCCAACCAGUCCAUCAUGAGCGACAACUCCCACCUGAGCAUAGACAUCAUCGACGAGCCCGGCUCCAGCAGCCCCAGCAACGACGAGGCGGCCAUGGCGGUCAUCAUGUCCCUGCUGGAGGCGGACGCCGGCCUGGGCGGCCCCGUCGACUUCAGCGACCUGCCCUGGCCUUUGUGAGGAAGCUGGGAGGGGAGAUCCAGAGCCACUGGUGGGGGUGGGGGGGCUCUCGUGUUUCCUGCGGGUUCUCCACAACGACUCUGCAGAAACGCCUCAACAAGCGAGUGUUUUAGCUGUAAAUACUGGAGGUUUUUACAACCAGAGAUGUUUCCACGUCGGACCCAGAUGACGGUUUAGAUUUCACUCCUAGUUUUGGAUUCAUCAUUCCUCGUAGGCGGGCCUGAGCGGGACUUUCAGAGUUCUUUUUACAGCGUUGGCUGCCUGCAGAUCAGCUCUCUGCCACGGGGCCGUGCAGAGGGAGACGACCAGAAACUGGAAACCAAACGUCACAGGACUGUGGUGCUAACGAGUCGUUGGUCCUCCUGUAGCUGGUUCUGUCCAGCAGCGGCUCUGGACCCAGA